AUUUAUACAUAAUAAAUUUGUGUUUAUGUGUAUGAAUCUACAAGUUAAUAUAUCUCAAUAAUUUCUACAAAUACUUUUUGGAAUUUUAGUAUCCAUCUCUUCGCGGCGGUGGACAUUAAUAAAACAUUGUACACUGACUAGCGGUAUUCUAUCGAAAUGGGCAAAAAAAUCAGAGAAUACAAGUCGGGCGACUUUAUUUUCGCCAAAGUAAAGGGCUAUCCAGCUUGGCCGGCACGGGUGCAAAGACCAAAUGGAAAGAAAUAUUUUGUAUAUUUCUAUGGUACUGGGGAGACUGCAAACUUACCACCAAACAUGAUAUUUGACUACGCUGAGAAUAAAGACAAAUUCUUAACCAAAACAGUGAAACGCCGAGAUUUCAACGAUGGUGUGAAGCAAAUUGAAUAUGACUUUGCUAACAAUGUACCUUUGGAGGACGUCAUCGGAGUGCCUCUGGAGGGAGUAGCAGACACAUCUGCUAAUGACACAGGGAACGAGACAGGCAAUGACACGUUAGAUGACACAGUAGCAGACACCACUGCAGCAGAUGAUACUGUCGCUGAUGAUAGUACAGCCAACGUGACACAAAAUGAUGGUGGUAUAGAAGACUCCGAUGAGGCAGGUGCCUUGAUCAUUGAUGAAGGCAACAAGGAAAAGAAGGGCAGAAAGUCCAAUGCAAAACCAGCCAAGGAGACGCCCGCCAAGCCGAUAAAAGAACCCAAGACACCACGCGGCAAAGCCAAGAAAGAGGAGACUAAAGAAGAGGACAAAGAUGAUGAGAAGAAAGAAGAGGAAAUUGUCAGCAGAAGUGGGAGGAAAAUACGUCCCAAGAGGUAUAUAGAUGAACAAACAGACGAGAACAGCACAUUGCCAUCGCCGGCGCCUAAGAAGCGUCGCGGCGCUUCACCGCCAGUGGAGAAAGAAAAAGAGAAGGAAGAAUCUGUGAAGGAGAAGUCUGUUGAGAAGAAUUUGAAGCAAUAUCAUACCAUUUCACAGUCUGAUUUGGAAAAUUUGAAGGAACCGUUCAAACAAGAGGACACUGAAAAAGACAAUAUCCUGAUCACAUAUCUACCUACCGGCCAGUACGUGGGUAUAAAGCUGUUCCAAUCGAGGCCUACCUCCUUCAAGAACGAAUCAUCGCGGCUGCAGUGGGACAAGCAGGCCGCCUCCAAUGCCGUCACGCUCAAAUUACAACUAGAAAGAGGACAGAUAAAACCAGAGUCAAUACUGGCGCAGUUGGUGAUGGAACUCAAUCUCAGCGAUGAGGAGAAGUCUACGCUCGACAAUGAAAGAGAGACGGACGAGAAGAAAUCCAGAGUGCAGUUUUUGAAGACAGAAAUGAAGUUAAUAGAACUUGACGCGAAGAUAAAAACUUGCCUGUGUUUAGAGAAAGCCGAUACGGAGUUGUGUCUCAAACUAUUAGACGAGUUAAUGGAGCUGGAAGUGAAGCCACUGAUGCUUCUCAAACACCCGACGUGUUUGGAGACAGUGAAGCGUAUGAGGGCAUAUGUUGGGAACACACCGUCCUGGGACUUGAGCGAAAGCGCCGCCCUAGUGUUCAGCAAACAGGCGCACCGCAUUCGGAAGCAGGCUGAUACAUUAUAUAAAAAUAUGAAGGAGCUAUUCAUCACACCUGAUGGUCUGUCAUUCUGGGAGUAUUUCUCAGAACGCGUGAUUCAGUUCAAAAAGAUCACGUCCAAAUUCAGCGCUGAUGAGCUAUUGGAGAUGGUGCACGAGCCUUUAGAGCUGUCACUCCCUACCGCUCAUACUAUGAAGGCAGCAAUAGACGCAGCGAACGAUGAAGAACUAAAGGACGGAGAGGAGGUUAACGAUAAGAAAAAGAGUACACCAGUAAAACCAAAGAAAACUGCUAAUAACAGCACGCCGGCAAAAACAGCAACGAAACGGCAAUCUUCUAGGAAAUUACAGGACGACAAAGAUACGAAUGCAAAGAAAGAGACAAAUGCAAAAAAAGACACCGUCGAAGAAGAAGAAGCAAUUGAAAAAACAGAUACUCCUAAUGAUAUUUUAAAGGAGGCAGAAAAACCAGAGGAAAAUAACAAAGAUGCAGAACCUAUGGAAGUAGAUAAUGUAAAUGAGACUGCGGAAGAAGUCAACAGUCUAAAAGAAAAUAGUUCAGAUGACAAGAGUGUAAAAGAAAAAAAUCCAAAAGAAAAGAAUGCAGAAGAUAAAAGUACAAAAGAGAAAAAGAAUUCGGAGGACAAGAGCACUAAAGAGAAAAAAGAUAAGAACUCAGAUGAGAAAGGUUCAAAAGAGAAAAAGGAAAAGACUUCAGAGGAUAAGAGUACAAAAGAUAAAAAAGACAAGAAUUCAGAUGAUAAGAGCAUAAAUGAGAAGAGUCCAGAAGAUAAGAGCACGAAAGAGAAGAACUCAGUAGAAAAGAGUCCUAGUCCGGUUGAAAAAGAAAAAGAGAGUGAUAAAGGUAAAGAUGACGAGGCAAAAGAAGAUAAAGCAGAAUCAAAAGAGGACAAAGAGAAGGAAAAAGAUGUAGGAGAACCUAGAGCGAAAAGAUCGAGAGAGACCAAGAAGACUGAGCCCCCACCGCCGCGGUCACCAGCGAAAAGGAAGGCAAAAGUUUAAGUGUUACCAACGUUGCAAAUUGGAUUAUUGAAUUAUUUUUAUACAGUGAAUAGCUGUGUCAAGAUUGACAUAAGGACGGACGAAUAUAUUUUAUUCAGUGUAAAAAUCGAUAUAAUAAUAUAAAGACGCCAGUUGUAAUAGAAAACUCACUUAAAUUAUCCUGAGUUAUAGAUGUAGAUUUUUUUAAUGUGAUGGUAAGUGGUAGGUACCUAUUCUAGUACAUUAAUAGCGCGUCACGUGUACAUUUCUUUGAUUUUUAGAGGCUUUCGUUCAAUUUAAAAGCACAUGCUAAUCCCAUUGGGUGCAAUGGGGUAAAACUAAUAGCUACAUCACUUCACCAGCGAGCAAAUUGCAGGUGUUGCCUGAAGAAAUC